AUGUUAGCAAAUAUUCCUGCCAGCUGGUACGCACAGGAUCUGAGUGCACGACUGAGGACUCCUUCUGGGACAGUCGCUUUCUGUGGUUUCCCUCUGAAGAAGGCCGAUCUGACGUCUGUAGCGAUGACUGAGGGAACAGGUGCUUCCAAAGCUAUCGGGACAGAUGACGCCGUUUCACUGACAUUCUGUUUGAAACAAGCCCUUGGGGAUGGUUCUGCUCCUGAGUGGCUGAUGCUGGAGCUUCAGGGAGAAAUUGAGUCCCGGGGCCACAGUGGCCUUGCUGGGAAUCUGAUGGGAGAACUGCACUUCAGCAAGGAGGGAGUCCCAAUACUUCUAGUUGGCCACCACAUCCUUUAUGGUAAAAUCACCCACUUGGAAAGACCAUUUGUAGUGCUGGUGAAACAGACUGGUACAAGGGCAGGAGCUGAGAGACUGAUGCAAACGGAAGUAACCGAACAAGAAGUGAGUGAAGAAAGCAAUUCAUGUCACUACCUGGUCACCUCGAUCAUCAAGAAAAAGAUCAUUUUCAAAACCCGUCCAAAACCCAUUAUCACUAAUGUACCUAAAAAGCUGUAGUCGGAGCAUGUUCAUUGAUGCUGUUUGCACUUGACAGGACUCUUCCUCAGUAGCAGAUCUUCAUGUCAUGAGGUCACUGAAUAUCGGAUGUCAAGUGAUGUUGCUCAUGUUUGUGAUGUUUUGUCAUGUUUUGUGGCAUGUUGUAUGAGACUUUACCUCAAAAUAGAUCCUUAAGAGAUGAAUCUCUGUUUAAUGCAGAUUCAAUUGCAAACUUGUUAAUUUUUUUUGUAUAUAAAUAACAAUUUCCUGUUUUAGUUUUACUUUCUCAUUAGUAAUAUAGCAAACAUUUUAUUAAUUGACACCUUUGGGACCAGGAGUGUACCAGUUGAUUGAAUAUUCUGGUUGAUCAAGAGGUCCACGUAAUCAAUGUAAAAACACUCACAAAUAGAAAUGUAAUGUGGGGGGUAUACAUAUCCCUGUUCUACUUUAUUUACAGCACGAAUCACUUAGAUAAUAAAUAAAACU